GCCGCCCAUCUCUGAAGGGAGCUGGACGCGCGUGUCCCCGGACGGAGGGCACCUGGAUCCGCGUCGGACAACACGGUUCUCGUCUGGCUCGAGCUCGGCGGUCCGCCAUGAAUGUCACGUUGGACAUAAAGCUCAAACGAGCUAACAAGGUUUACCGUGAAGGGGAGGCACUCGCAGGAAUCGUGGUUGUUGUGAGCAAAGAGGCAGUGCAGCAUCAAGGGAUCUCUCUCACCAUGGAGGGCCUGGUCAACCUGCAGCUCAGCUCCAAGAGUGUGGGCGUCUUCGAGGCUUUCUACAACUCUGUUAAGCCCAUUCAGCUCAUCAGCAGCAACAUUGAGGUGGCCAAGGCAGGCAAAGUCCCUGGGGGCAGGACCGAGAUUCCCUUUGAGUUUUUGCUGCACACCAAGGGCAACAAAGUGUUGUAUGAAACCUACCAUGGCGUUUUUGUGAACAUCCAGUACACCCUACGGUGUGACAUGAAGCGCUCCCUGUUGGCCAAAGAUUUAAGCAGGACUUGUGAGUUCAUGGUGCACUCCCAGAAGCAGAAAGCUAAACUGGUACCCAAUCCAGUAGACUUCACCAUCAGUCCAGAGACCCUGCAAAAUGUCCAGGAGAGGAGUUUGCUGCCAGAGUUUCUAAUCAGAGGCCACUUAGACGCUACAAACUGUGUGAUCAGCCAGCCCCUGACUGGAGAAGUGGUGGUGGAGCAUUCACAGGUGCCCAUCAAGAGCAUUGAGUUGCAGCUGGUCCGAGUAGAGACCUGUGGUUGUGCUGAGGGCUAUGCCAGAGAUGCCACGGAGAUCCAGAAUAUCCAGAUAGCAGAAGGUGACGUCUGCCACGCCCUCUCUAUUCCAAUCUACAUGGUCUUCCCCAGGCUUUUCACCUGUCCGACCCUCGAGACUACAAACUUCAAAGUUGAAUUUGAGGUCAACGUGGUGAUUGUGCUUCACGAUGACCACCUAAUCACAGAAAACUUUCCUCUGAAGCUGUGUAGAGUGUGAAAGGGGAGAUGAACAAGAGCACUUUAAACUGAGGGAGGCAGGACUGAUGCAGAAGUUAUGACACUUUACAACGGAGCCUCAACAUGUGAGCACAUCUCGAAAUACAGGACACCGUUUUCCAAAACACAGAUUUAUACAAGGUUUUACUUGGGGCUUCCUUGGCAUGGAGAAGUAUGGCAGCUGUAUGGUUCAAAUAAAAACUUAUUAUGGCAAGAGAUAUGUUCCAUACUUCAACAUGUGUCAUCGUGGCAUCUCCAUCAAUUGAACAAGGUCAAAAUGGAAAUAAUUGUUUUUGGUACCACAGAGGAAAGACUGGAAGUCUGUACUCACGUGACUCCCUGUCUCUGAAGACUGAAAACAAGCCAGAAACCUUGGUUUGGUUAUGGACUCGCACCUAAUUUGUAACAGACACAUCAAAAUAACAAAAUCAACUUAUUGCAACCUUAGAAAUAUAGAAUUAGAUUGGGUUGUGUUUUUUUUUCUUAUUUGGACAUGAGUUCUCUAACUCCAGUCGGCUAGUCUACUGUGAUGGGCUUUCCUUGGGUCUCUCUUAAAACAAUUUAACAGCUACGGCUCAUACAGAAUGCUGCUGUUCCAGUUCUAACAAAGAUUAAAAGAGAUGAGCACCAGUUCCCUGCACAGGCUUCUAGUCCCUCAUGGCGCUGAACAUCACUACUCGUUAAUAAACCACUGAAUGAUUUGGGGCCAAAAUAUGUCUGUGAUCGCUUUACAGUACGAAUGCUCUUGACCUCUCGGGUCAUCUGGUACAGGUCUGCUCGUUGUUCCUAGAACUAAUACACAACAUGGUGACGCUGCAUUCAGCGACUAUGCUGCACAUAUCUGGAACAAACUUCUAGAAGAUCUGAGACUUGAGUCAGCUCCUGUUAGCACCAAACCUGUAUGCUGUGCCUUCUGAUGAACUUUUCUGGCUGUUGCAAGGCUGUACUGUGUAUUUCACCAUUUUUGUAAUGUUUUGUUCACCUUUUGUCUGUUUUUGCUCUUGUCUGUUUUAUUUUACUAUUUCGUUAUUUUAAUCUUGCAUUUGUAAAGCACUUUCAGUUGCCCCGUCCUGGUGAAAUGUGCUAUGUAAAUAAAGCCUGGCCUGCCUACAGAAA